UGCCGGCAGGCUGAGGCGGUGGAGCUGAAGGAGCGGCUCCACGUGCAAGCUGCUGUCCGGAAGGUUGUGGUGACAAUUAUUUCCUCCCGUCUCCUGCGAUCAGGCAAAAGCACAUACAGAAUGUUCCUGCUUUCUGUCACCCAGGCUUAACAAGGCUGCUCUGCAGAGCUGAAGGACUAGUGUUUCUGAUCCCACAGCAGUGCCACCAAGGACAGUUUCUCCACAAGGUCUGUCACUUGAGCAGUGAAAAUGGCCAGAGGAUCGGUGUCCGAUGAAGAAAUGAUGGAGCUCAGAGAGGCCUUUGCCAAAGUUGAUACUGAUGGCAAUGGAUACAUCAGCUGUAAUGAGCUGAAUGACUUGUUCAAGGCUGCCUGCCUGCCUCUGCCUGGGUACCGAGUGAGAGAAAUCACCGAAAACCUGAUGGCCACGGGUGAUCUGGACCAAGAUGGAAAGAUCAGCUUUGAUGAGUUUAUCAAGGUUUUCCAUGGUCUGAAAAGCACCGAGGUUGCCAAGACCUUCCGGAAAGCUAUCAACAAAAAGGAAGGGAUCUGUGCCAUUGGUGGCACCUCGGAGCAAUCCAGCGUUGGCACCCAGCAUUCCUAUUCAGAGGAAGAAAAGUAUGCCUUCGUCAACUGGAUAAACAAAGCCCUGGAGAAUGACCCCGACUGCCGACAUGUUAUCCCCAUGAACCCGAACACCGAUGACCUCUUCAAUGCUGUGGGGGAUGGCAUAGUUCUUUGUAAAAUGAUCAACCUGUCAGUGCCAGACACGAUCGAUGAGAGGACAAUCAACAAGAAGAAGCUCACACCCUUCACCAUUCAGGAAAACUUGAACUUGGCUCUGAACUCUGCCUCAGCCAUUGGGUGCCACGUGGUUAACAUAGGGGCUGAGGACCUGAAGGAGGGGAAGCCUUAUUUGGUCCUGGGCCUUUUGUGGCAAGUCAUCAAGAUUGGGUUGUUUGCCGACAUUGAGCUCAGCAGAAAUGAAGCUCUGAUUGCUCUUCUGAGAGAAGGAGAGAGCCUAGAGGAUUUGAUGAAGUUGUCUCCUGAAGAACUACUGCUGAGGUGGGCUAACUACCACCUGGAAAACUCAGGGUGCACCAAAAUCACCAACUUCAGCACCGACAUCAAGGACUCGAAAGCUUAUUACCACCUGCUUGAGCAGGUGGCUCCAAAGGGAGAUGAAGAAGGAAUCCCCGCUGUUGUGAUUGACAUGUCAGGACUGAGGGAGAAGGAUGACAUCCAGAGGGCUGAAUGCAUGCUACAGCAGGCAGAGAGGCUGGGUUGCCGCCAGUUUGUCACGGCCACAGAUGUUGUCCGAGGGAACCCCAAGUUGAACCUGGCUUUCAUCGCCAAUCUCUUUAACAAAUACCCUGCCUUGCACAAACCAGAAAACCAGGACAUUGACUGGGGGGCUCUUGAAGGUGAGACGAGGGAAGAGCGGACGUUCAGGAACUGGAUGAACUCCUUGGGAAUUAACCCUCGAGUCAAUCAUUUGUACAGUGACUUAUCGGAUGCCCUGGUCAUCUUCCAGCUCUAUGAAAAGAUCAAAGUCCCUGUUGACUGGAACAGAGUAAACAAAUCUCCAUACCCCAAGCUGGGCGGCAAUAUGAAAAAGCUUGAGAACUGUAACUAUGCAGUGGAUCUGGGGAAGAAUCAAGCUAAAUUUUCCCUUGUUGGCAUCGCAGGACAGGAUCUCAAUGAAGGAAACAGCACUCUCACAUUGGCACUGAUGUGGCAGCUCAUGAGAAGGUACACACUGAAUAUCCUGGAAGGUAUUGGCGGUGGACAGAAGGUCAAUGAUGACAUUAUUGUCAACUGGGUGAAUGACACGUUGAAGGGGGCACAGAAAAGCUCAUCCAUCUCCAGCUUCAAGGAUCCAAAGAUUAGUACCAGCCUCCCAGUUCUGGAUCUCAUUGACGCCAUUCAACCAGGUUCCAUAAACUAUGACCUUCUAAAGACAGAAAACCUGGAUGACGAAGAGAAACUCAACAAUGCAAAGUAUGCCAUCUCUAUGGCCCGAAAAAUCGGAGCCAGAGUGUAUGCCCUUCCGGAAGACCUGGUGGAAGUGAACCCCAAAAUGGUCAUGACAGUGUUUGCCUGCCUCAUGGGGAAUGGGAUGAAGAGGGUGUAAGGCCCAGAAGAGCAAGCUGGAAGGGUGACGGAGCGGGCCCUGAGGGUCAGCACAGGGUGCUCCCGGGAUACAGAGGACCAUUCAGGCCACUCCACAGUCCCGAACCUUAGAGACAUUAUACGAGAUUCCAGAAAGUGCAUAUGUGUUCGGCCAAGUAGCUUCUACUGUCCUUAGCAAUAGGUGCUUCUCUCUUUUAUUUUUUUUUCUUCAGAAGAUCCACUCUCCUACAGAUUUUUUUAUUCUUUGAAAUUCUACCAGAAAAAAAAAAAAGUUAAAAAGAAGCUGUUUGCAGACGGCCUCCCUGCCCUCCCUGCUUUCACUGGUAGUCAAGGAUGAAACUACAAUGUUCCUAACUCCUACUUGAUCUUUCAAGCCAGUUUUAUCUAGCUGCUUUUCCCCCUGUUCAGAGUGAGGACCUGGAGGGGAUCAUCAAACCUGCCUUAAUUAAAGCCCCUUUUUGGUCACAGCCUCCCCUUGCAUCCCCUUCUCUCAGCCCGUGAGCUUGCUCGAGUCCCCCCAGAACCACACCUGCUCUGUGGUCCCCUUUCUUGCCAUCUUGGUCUCUAAACCACUGGAGCACCUGACCAGCCAGUCAAGCUCCGGCAUCCCAAGAGUCCCUGGGAGCCCACAAACCUGGGGGUUCAAGGCAAGUGUGAUAAAGGUGAAAACUACUAAGGGCAGGUAUGGAGGGGUCAUGAAGCAUCCACCCUUUUGGGUGCUGCAUCUCCACGCAUUUAUCCCUCCUUGUUAGAUAUCUGCUUAUUGUGGUGUUGGCAAAAUGUCUGGUGACAAUUGGAAGCAGUCCUGCUCAGCUUCAUUUGCUUUUAGACGUCAGCCUAUUUGGUUGCCGCCAGGCCAUAUUACCAAUUCUCACUUAGUUGGGACUACAAAAGCUUUUUGCCACCCUAAAGUUCCCAAGGGGGUCAAUAUGUGCCAAUAAUACACGUCCCUGCCUCACCCACAUGCUUGCGCAGGCACAUACACACACGUAGCUGGAUGUCAAGAGUAGAAUGCUUCCUAGGAACUGCCUGGAUUCCAAAACAAACAAAGGACAGUAUGGACUUGGAUAGAUCCACUAGAUAAGCAAUUUCCAAGAAAACUUACCAAAAGCUAAAAAGCCACAGAGCAUUGUGAACCAAGGCUAAACUCCCUCUGCAUUAGUGACAGACUUACUCCCAAGGUAUCUUCUUAGGGAUGGCAGGAUGUAACGGGACUUCAUCAUCUUCCAAAGCAAUGAAAAUGCAGGGCUGUGGCUUCAAUCCUUGGCAGUGGACUCAGGAAGCCAAUAAACGACUCUUUCCAGCUCCCACCCCAUAUCCCUGCUGCAUCUGAACGCAAGUGUUUGGCUGUGACCUUAGUCUGAACUUCAUGUCACCUCAGAUGAUGUUUCCCCAUCUGCCUCCAUGAAGGAAGGGUGUUAUUGCCUUAAUGGAAAAAUGAAGAUAAAUCAUGUUAACAAUCGUUCCAAAUAAAAUGUUCCCAAUUCUG